UUAAAAAACCUCUGGAAAGGAGUCACCUUUCUAGACGUCAUUUAGAACAUUCAUGAUUCAUGGGAGAGAUCAAAAUAUCAAUGUUAACAGGAGUUUGGAGGAAGUUGAUUCCAACCCUCGUGGAUGACAUUGAGGGAUUAAAGACUUCAGUGGAGGAAGUCACUGUAGAUGUGGUAGAAAUAGCAAGAGAAUUAGAAUUAGAAGUGGAGCCUGAAGAUGUGACUGAAUUGCUGCAAUCUCAUGAUAAAACUUGCAUGCAUGAGGAAUUGCUUCUUAUGGAUGAGCAAAGAAAAUGGUUUCUUGAGAUGGAAUCUACUCCUGGUAAGGAUACUGUGAAGACUGUUGAAAUGACAACACAGAAUUUAGAAUAUUACAUAAACUUAGUAGAUAAAACAGUGGCAGGGUUUGAAAGAAUUGACUCCAAUUUUGAAAGAAGUUUUACUGUGCAUAAAAUCCUGUCAAAGAGCAUUGUAAGCUACAGAGAACUCAUUCAUAAAAGGAAGAUUCCAUCAAUGUGGCAAACUACAUUGUUAUUUUUAAGGAAUUGUCACAGCACCCCAGCUUUCAGCAAUCACCAUCCUGAUCAGUCAGCAGCUACCAACAUUGAGAAAAGACCCUCCACCAGCAAGAAGAUUACAACUCACUGAAGGU